AACUUCCCGCGGCAGGUCGGCUAGUGCUCGAAACGGCCUAGCGCCGUCCGGUCCUUUUCUCCCCGUGACUUCCAGCGAAGCUCGACACUUUUUUCGACGAGAGAAGAGCAUCGCCGAACACGCUCCGUCGAUUGCCAUCCUCUUCAACGUUCUGGCCGUCCUUUUUUUCUUCCAUUCCUCAUUGAUUCUAGGGUGCGGCAGGCGCACGAAAUCCCCAGAUGAAGAGGCUGCAGCUCCUGCGAUGGAGCGGUUCGGUUCUCUCGCCGCGGGUCAGGCCCGUUAACCGCCUGCAAUAUGUUUCUGUCGGUCUGCGAUAUCAGUCUUCAGCUUCGCCGGCUCUGGCAAUCGAGGAGGAUCAAUUAGAUGUCGACUACCCGCCUGUUCCGCCGGCACACUCGAGACAGUCCCGACUUCUGUUCCCUUCGCCGCCGGUAGAGGCAGCACGCGACUCAGCCAAACUGGCCGCCCUACAUGCCCGACUCUAUCUCCCCUCACGACUACCUCUCGAGACGCUGGCUCGCGCCCUCGUCGAUGCCUCCGCCGAUCCUAACCCCGAUUUCAAUAACGAGUCGUUGGCCACUCUCGGUCAUGACCUCCUCACCUACUAUACCUCCGAACACCUCCUUUGCACAUACCCUCGACUUCCGUUGACCGUCGUCUUCGCCGCGAUGUAUGCCUACGUGGGCCCUAAGUCUCUGGCAGCAAUGGCACGAGAAUGGGGUGUGGAAUUGGCUGCGGUCCCUGGUGGAGAAGUCGACCCGGGUCUGCUGCAGUUCAAGAGGGUUCCGCCAGACACCGACUUGGAUGCGGAACCUGUCACGGGCACGACGAGACCCAACGACGACCGCAAGUCGUGGAGAAAAUCGAUGACCUCGCGGGUGGUCUACGAUGAUGAGUUCGGUGACCCGUCCAAGGCCCCGACGGACCCUGCGGAGACGCCAGUCAUCCCCGACCCGCAGAGCCUGAAGGGCAUCACCGCCGAGCAGGCGAGCGCUACGUUUGUCCGGGCGGUGAUGGGAGCCAUCUAUGUGCACGCUGGCCGUCCGGCCGCUAAGCGCUUCUUCCAGGAGCACUUCCUGUCCCGACACCUCGACAUUGCCGGACUCUUCAACUUCUCGCAGCCGACGCGCGACCUGGCACGGCUGUGCGCCCGCGAGAACUUCGAACGCCCGGUGGCCAAGAUCCUGAGCGAGACUGGUCGUAAGAGUCGACACCCCGUGUUCGUGGUGGGCAUCUUCUCCGGCAAGGACAAGCUGGGCGAGGGAUCCGGCGCCAGUUUGGUGGAGGCUCGAUUCCGGGCGGCGGUUGCUGCUCUGAAGGGCUGGUAUCUGUACAGUCCGCUGCACGUGCGAGUGCCCAGCUCGAUGGAGGAAGAGGGAGCGAAGCCAUGGAAGCCGGUGCACGUGGAUCUGGGCGAGGUGAUUGUGUAAGAUUUUGGCUGAGCGGCAUAUUAAGUGUGUUUUCCAACGAACGGCGCGCCCCAUUGGCUCUCCCCGAGGAUACCUCAACGGCGCUUUUUACCCUGCGUGCAUGCAUGCGUGCAUUGCAUCCAUCUAUGCCUAUGUUUUUUAUUGACGGUACAUUGAUUGGCAAAUUUCAUCAUUGGGGACCGGGGAGCCAGGGCAUCAUCAAACGGAGCCGACAAGAUCUGCGCUCUGUCUGUUAACAAAUUUUUUUUAUAUCUAUUAUGUCAACCAUGUUUCUAUAAACUGAAAUCUGCAACGAGAUGCUGUACAG